UCCCCUUUUUUUUCCCUUGUUUAUCCAGAGAGGCUCAGAGGAGCUCAACAUCUACAGCAGCAGCCCUACCUCUAUGACUGCAAACGGCAGUGACACUAAGAAACAGCGUCUGGACGAAUCCCCUCCCUCCAGAGUUCUCCACAUCAGGAAACUUCCCAAUGAAGUAUCAGAGACUGAAGUCAUUGCUCUGGGGCUGCCCUUUGGAAAGGUCACCAACAUACUGAUGCUGAAGGGGAAAAACCAGGCUUUUCUGGAGCUGGGUACAGAAGAAGCAGCCAUUACGAUGGUGAACUACUACACAGCUGUCACGCCACAGGUCCGAAACACUCCUGUCUUCAUCCAGUACUCUAACCAUAAGGAACUGAAAACAGACUCCGCUCUGAACCAGAGGGCUCAGGCAGUGCUGCAGGCGGUGUCAGCCGUUCAGGAUGGAAGCUCUCCAUCCUCUGACCCUGGAGUUUUAGACCUAGCUCCACCCCCCAGCCCUGUCCUACGAAUAAUCAUCGACAACAUGUUUUAUCCUGUCACACUGGAUGUUCUACAACAGGUAACACCUGAACAUGUUGUCUAGACCAGUGGUUCCCAA